AUGGGUGAGGUUGCAGAUGCCAUGUACUCCUUUGCCCAGACGGCUGUUGCGGUAAAGGAUCCGGAGUACAGAAAAACCCAUCCUAGGUUCGAUGAAUUCAGACCCUACUUUGAUGGGUGCAUAGGGGCUUUGGAUGGAACACACAUCAAAGUGAAAGUUAGUCGCAAGUCACGGUUGGACUUCAUGAAUAGAAAAGGAGAAGUUACCAUGAAUGUGUUAGGGAUAGUGGACAUGGACGGGCUUUUCACAUAUGUUGGUGCGGGAUCGGCGGGGUCUUCUCAUGACAUGUCGGUUCUGACGUACUAUAUGGGGCGACCAGAUUACCCGCAUCCCCUAGCAGAUGAGGCUGCUAGAGUGAAAGCUCUGGCUGAAAGAAAAUUGUUAGACAAGGAUUUUGUUGCUGCAAAAAAGCUGAUUAUCAAGGCAAAACAACUUUCCAAAGAAGUGGGUGACAUUGAUAUUCCAAAAAUGUUAACUGUUUGUGAUGUUCAUUGUGCCGCUGGAGCAAAGGAAAAUGUGCAGAUUGACUGGUAUGGAAUACUACAAGUGCCUGAAACUGCUGAUGACGCACAGAUAAAGAAACAAUAUCAUAAGCUUGCCCUUUUGCUGCAUCCUGACAAGAACAAGUUUGGAGGUGCAGAGGCAGCAUUCAAAUUAGUUGGAGAAGCAAACGAGACUCUUACAGACAAGUCAAAACGUUCUUUGUAUGAUAUGAAACAGUUGCAAGAAGUUAAGUACAAUGAAGAGAAGGUUGAUGAUGAUUUUGUGAAUUCUCCCAGUUUGAAGAGGUUAAGGAAAAGUGGUAUGUUCUGUGGUGAUGACAACAAAAAAACGAUAAUACUGGUUGAAGAGAUAGCUGGCCAUAAUGAUAUGACAGAUGGUGCUAAUAACUGUAGCACAACAGAAGAUGAAAGAGAAGGUCGUUCCUCAAUGCAUGGUCUAGAUCUGGACACUGAUGAUACUUCAGAUGUGGUUCCCCAGGGUGACACACUCAGGUUUUCUCAUUGUGUCCCACAUCAUGUGGUAAGUGGAACUGAAAAGGAAGGGAUUCCAGAGAAAUCUCUUGAACUUGAUCCUGCGGCGCUUUCCCUUGACUUGCAGGAGGAUUUCCCCUCUAUUGCACAAAACAGGGGAUUGCCAUAUGAGAUUGCAUUGUGGAUGCUUAUUGGUAGAUGUUGUUACUUUACUUCAAAUGUUGAUGAUACUGUAACAUGUGUACCACAGAAAUCUCCAGGUCCUCAGACAAAUGUCACUGCUCAGAAAGCUUGGUCAGCCACUCCAAGACUUGAUCUUAAUGUUGCUUCCCAUCAUGCUGGUGAAAAUACAAAGAGGGAAACUGCUGUGAACACUGCUGGGCCACAAGACAAAAUGAAAUCUGACCAUGCUGCCAGGAAUCCUUCAAAAGCUUCGUCAACUGCAGGAUUGAAAAGGGGUAGGAGGGCAGUGGUUGAAUUUAGUGAAUCUAGCACAUCUGUAACCAGUAGUGAUUGCGAAGAAGGGGUUGCUGAACAUGGUCCUGCUGCAAAUGGUUCCGGAGUAGGUCAACGAACCCGCAGAUCAAGCUGGCAGAAGCAAGAAGUUAAGUAUAACGAAGAUGAUGACGAUGAUGUUGAUAACUUAUUUAUGCAGUCUAGAGAGGCAGCUCCAUAUGUGAUACCUCAGGGUGACACACUAAGGUUUUCUCAUUGUAUCCCACAUCAUGUGAUGAGUGCAAUUGGAGACAGAGUUCUAGAAGGAUCUCUGGAACUUGAUCCUGCAGCGCUUCCCAUUGACUUGGAGGAGGUUUUUCCUUCUGUUAUCCCUGAAUGCAGUUCAGAAAGAAGUCAGGAACGUGAUGCCAAGUAUGCAGGUUCAUCCAGUGGUAACAGUUCUCACGAAGGAUCCAUGAGCGUUGGGAAUGGGCGACAUACAACGUGCAUGAAUGUGGGGAUCGCUGCAAAGACAUCAAAGGAAGUGGAUAGCGAGCAUAACACUACCACUGCUUCAGAUGAUAAGUUCACUAUUCUGGAUCCUGAAUUUUUUGAUUUUGAGCAACUUCGAAAUGAAAAAGGAGUUCCAAAAGUUUCUGUAGAGCUUGAUCCUGCAGCGCUUCCCCUUGACAUGGUGCAUACUUUUCCUUGUGAAAUCCCAGAAUGUAGUUCCAUAAGUCAGGACCAUGGUGCCAAAUAUGCAGGUGUCGAUGAAGAUGAUAUUUGGCAAACAGUAUAUGUACAUGCUGAAUCAGAGUUCUAUGAUUUUUCUCAAAGAAGAUUGCUUCAAAAGUUUUCACCUGGGAAGAUCUGGGCUCUCUAUAGUGAUGAUGAUACGUUCCCUAAUUACUAUGGCUUCAUACAGAGAGUCGAUCUCAAGAAUGGUAAAGUACAAGUUAGUUUUCUUGAUGUUUGUCCUCAUGGAGAAGAGGAGAAAAGAUUGCUUCAAGAAGAACGGAAUAUUGGGUGUGGAAUCUUUAGACUUUCCAGCGUCCAUGAGUUGAUAACUUGCACUGGUACAGAUGCCUUUUCUCAUUGUGUGGAGGCUAAAUCUACUUGCCAAAAAGGCAAGUAUGAAAUAAUUCCUCAUCUCGGUGAGAUAUGGGCUGUUUACAAGAACUGGAGGGCGCGGUGGACUGCUCAGGAUUUUGGAAGAUGUGAAUAUGAACUGGUGGAGAUACUUGGCCAUACUGGUUCGUCCAUACGAGUUCAGCUUUUGAGGAAGGUGGAUGGUUACAGGAUGGUAUUUAUGCCGUACCAAGCAGAGGGGUCUGUGAAGACAAUAAGGAAGGAUGAAUACCCCAUGUUCUCUCAUCAAAUUCCUUGCUUUCGUCUGACAUGUGAAGAAGGUGGCAAGCUUCGAGGCUGUCUGGAGCUUGAUCCCUUGUCCCUACCAGAGGAAUUCCUCAAUGUGAGAUAG